AUGCCUUUUGAAGUAUUAAAUUCAUUAAAAGAGAGACUUUUAAAGCCUGGGAAGGAAGAGGUGAAGAAUACACUAAGUGACUCUCUAGGACACUUGCAAAGAAAAAUAGAUGGAACCAACUGUGAAAGAGAUGCCAUAGAGCUGAAUGAAGAAGGAAGACCUGUGCAAGCAACAACCAAACCGCCUUUAUUUGAUUGCUAUUGCUGUGGAUUACCUAAGCGCUAUAUUAUUGCUAUGAUGAGUGGUCUGGGAUUUUGCAUUUCUUUUGGAAUUAGAUGCAAUCUUGGUGUUGCUAUUGUGGAAAUGGUUAAUAACAACACCGUCUACAUCAAUGGAAAACCAGAGACUGAGGUAGCACAAUUCAGCUGGGAUCCAGAAAUAGUAGGACUCAUUCAUGGGUCAUUUUUUUGGGGUUAUAUUGUUACGCAAAUUCCAGGAGGCUUCAUUGCAAAUAAACUAGCAGCUAACAGGGUAUUUGGAGCAGCAAUUUUCCUAACUUCAACUCUAAACAUGUUCAUUCCUUCAGCUGCCAGAGUACAUUAUGGGUGUGUUAUGUUUGUAAGAAUUUUGCAAGGCCUUGUGGAGGGGGUGACUUAUCCAGCAUGCCAUGGGAUGUGGAGUAAAUGGGCUCCUCCACUGGAAAGAAGCAGGCUGGCAACUAUUUCAUUUUGUGGUUCCUAUGCUGGGGCAGUCGUUGCCAUGCCACUUGCAGGUGUAUUGGUGCAAUAUAUAGGAUGGCCAUCUGUCUUCUAUACAUAUGGAAUGUUUGGGAUAACCUGGUAUAUGCUCUGGCUGCUGCAAGCAUAUGAGAGCCCAGCUGUUCAUCCAACAAUAAGCACCGAGGAAAGAAUUUACAUAGAAACUAGUAUAGGUGGAGCCAACUUAAUCAAUACCAGUAGAUUCAGUACCCCUUGGAAGCAGUUUUUCACUUCGAUGCCAGUUUAUGCAAUUAUUGUGGCAAACUUUUGCAGAAGCUGGACUUUCUACUUGCUGCUCAUAAGUCAGCCUGCUUAUUUUGAAGAAGUCUUUGGAUUUGCAAUAAGUAAGGUUGGCCUUUUGUCUGCAGUUCCGCACAUGGUAAUGACUGUUAUUGUACCCAUUGGAGGCCAACUAGCUGACUUCUUGCGCAGCAGCAGAAUUUUAACAACUACUGCUGUCAGAAAAAUCAUGAACUGUGGAGGUUUUGGGAUGGAAGCUACUUUACUUUUGGUGGUUGGAUAUUCUCACACAAGAGGUGUGGCUAUUUCAUUCUUGGUUUUAGCAGUAGGCUUUAGUGGAUUUGCUAUUUCAGGAUUUAACGUCAACCAUUUGGAUAUUGCACCUCGGUAUGCCAGCAUUCUCAUGGGCAUCUCUAACGGAGUUGGGACAUUGUCCGGAAUGGUCUGCCCUCUCAUUGUUGGUGCAAUGACAAAACAUAAGACCCGUGAAGAAUGGCAAAAUGUCUUUCUAAUAGCUUCAUUAGUCCACUAUAGUGGAGUGGUAUUUUAUGCUAUCUUUGCUUCUGGUGAGAAGCAGGAAUGGGCUGAUCCAGAAAGUCUGAAUGAAGAAAAAUGUGGAAUACUUGAACAAGAUGAACUGGCUGAAGAGACUGAAUUGAACAAUGAUACUUUUGUUAACACAAAGAAAACAUAUGGCGCUACUAUUCAGCAUGAUGAAGCACCAAGGAAAUUGCAGAAGGAAAAGGGAGUGAGGCACAAUGUGGAAGAACAGACUGUUUAUCAGUAUGAAAAUGGAAACUUUCAAGAUUCAUUGUAAAUGUGUUCAUCGUUGGUAUGACUGUUACUAUCAGUGUAUAAAAGUAAGCUGUAUCUGCAUUUAUUAUAUUAUUGUGGCUAAUCCUGCCAAAUGAUUGGCUAUAAGACACAUUCAUUUUCAGCUUGUGUUAUAGGAAAUGGAUUAAUAAAAAUACAUCUGAUGUGUGUAGUGUCUAUGAUCAGCCCUUGGGUUUGCAAAGUCACAGUACUUUAACGCUGGGACUAAUGACAUUUUUAAUACACCACUCUUCAGCAAUGCAAUCAUAGUCACGACUCAAAUAUUAUGACCAUGUAAAAAUCCCAUAAGCAGAAUUUUCUACUCAGUUAAUUUCCAUAGUAAUAUAUAAUGGAGGAUGCACUGGGUUUAACUUGAAAUUAUACUGUACAGAUAGUGAUCCACCUUUAACAAUGCAAAUUGUUAAUGGGAGUGGAAAUUGUUGUUAAGUGAUAUAUCAUUGAAAAAUCAUGUGACCACACCGCUGCUGCAAUUCCAGCAGUCCCAGUUGCUGUUGUUAAAUGAAGUUCAUGCAGGUCAUUAAGUGAGGAUCUCACAUGAUUACAACUUCCAAAUUCUUGCCAGCUUCCCCAUUGACUUUGCUCAUGGGAUGACAGCAGGGAAGGUUGCAAAUUGCAAUUAUGUGAUCAUAGGGAUGCUGCAAUGGCCAUUAGUACAAGAUUCAGUCAUAACAAUAACUCUUUCAAUGCUGUCAUACACUUGCUGAACAAGUGGUCAUUAAAUGAGGAAUACCUGCAGUGGUUGUUUAGAUGCAGCUUUUAAAAGCCUGCUGUAUGGAUAUAUAUCUAUAUAUUUGCUAUUUAUUAACUCUUUAUGUUAUCAGUUCCAAUGAGAUACAUAUUUUUGGAUCAUCUCCAAAAAUAUAUGCCUGUUAUACUGUAAAAAUAUAUUUGCCAUUGGUCCACAAUCUUAGAUCUAUAAGUAUAUUGUUAAAAUAUUUAUCCAUUAUCCCAUCUGACUACAACAUUACCAUCUCAAACUAAAAUUAUAUACAAAAAUAAAUGAGGCACAACUAUAAAUGAAGACCAACUCGUUAGCAUAAUUAAUAAUUCAAUUAUGUUGAAGUCAUUGAGGUAAACCUAAAACCCUGGGUUUCUUCAAGAUCCUGAAGGCAGCCCUUUGAUCCACCCAAAAGUUGUCACUAAAUUAUAAUUUUUAGUGUAAUCGAAGGGAAUCAUGAUUAAAACACAUUAAAUUAAUAUUA